AUGGAGGGUUUAGUUGCUGCUAAUGGAGUUAAUGUCAAGCAUAAUGGUGUAAUGGAGAGUAAAACGGAAGAUUCUUGGCCAGAGAAGAAGGAUUCGGUGAAGCCAACAAGUAAUAGCAGUGCUUCAGAGAUAGAAGAAGAGAGCAGUGUGACAUUUCCGAAGCUGGUUUCUAAUAAAAAACGGAAACGGUCUAAAGCUGAUGAAGUUAAAGAAGGUAAAACCAAACCUCCAAGAAAGACGAGAGCCUCAAAGAAACGUGAUUUAUGCAAUGAAGGAAAUGGUAAUGAUGAAGAGAAAGCGAAGCAGAGAAGCUCUGUGAAAAGGAAAGAAGAAGAGGAAAGGGAACAAGAACUGCAACUAGUUCCUUUCGUCAAGACACGAAGCAGGAACCGUUCGGAUAUUCGGUUGUAUGAAGAUGAGACAGAUGUUGAUAACGGUUCAUGUUCAGAGUCUGAGUCAGAUUUGUCAGAUUCUCGUCUGAAAAACGACAAGUUUAAUUACUGCAGAAGCAUGACAAGGAGUUUAAAGGCAGAUUUGGGAGACCUUGCAAUUUGCCAUCAAUGCUCUAAAGGGGAAAGAAGAUACCUUUUCAUUUGCACAUAUUGUGAAGAGAGGCUGUAUUGUUUUCCAUGCAUCAAGAAAUGGUAUCCUCAUUUGUCCCAUGAGGAUAUCAUUGAGCAAUGUCCUUUCUGCCGCAGAAUUUGCAACUGUUGCAUAUGUUUGCAGUCUAGUGGAUUAAUCGAGACAUCAAAGAGGAAGCUCAGUAAUUACCAAAGAUUCUAUCAUCUCCGGUACUUGAUUGGAUCGAUGCUUCCUUUCUUGAAAAUGUUACGCAAAGCGCAAGAUCAAGAAAUUAUAACCGAGGCAAAGAUUCAAGGGUUACUGACUUCUCAAGUUGACAUCUCCGAGACUCUAUGCUCAAAUGAAGAGCGCGUCUUUUGUAACCAUUGUGCAACCUCAAUUGUUGACUUGCAUCGAAGAUGUCCAAAGUGCUCUUACGAACUUUGUCUCAACUGUUGCCAAGAGCUCCGUGGAGGGUGGCUUUCAGAACGACCGGAAAUCAAGUCACAGUUCGUGAACAGAAGAAGCCGAUAUAUGCACGGCGAAGAUGCAGAACCGAGCUCUGCUUCUGCUCCCGUGGAUGAUGAAGCUAAUAACAACCAGUCCAUCAAGUGGAAUGCUGAUGGAAAUGGAAGCAUAACAUGUGCGCCAAAAGAGCUAGGCGGUUGCGGUGAUUCUGUUUUGGAGCUUAAACGCAUCCUACCGUUUACUCUGAUGUCAGAUUUGGAGCAAAAGGCAGAGACUUUCUUAGCAACUCAUAGUGUCGAUCCAAUGAUGUCAUAUUGCAGAUGUUCUUCUGAUUUGGAGAUGAGUAGUAAUAGUAUGAUGAGGAAAGUAGCUUCGAGGAAAGGAUCAAGUGACAACUUCCUCUACUCUCCUGAUUCUUUUGAUGUCCUGAAGCUAGAGGAGCUUCUUCACUUCCAAGAGCAUUGGUCUAAAGGCGAGCCAAUGAUUGUUCGAAACACUCUCAACAACACAGCUGGUCUAAGCUGGGAGCCAAGUGUCAUGUGGCGCGCGUUGCUGUCCGAAAACGUUGAUUCAGCUGCAACUAGCUCCUCUAACAUGUCUGAAGUCAAAGCAAUCGAUUGUUUAGCUAACUGCGAGGUGGAGAUCAAAACUCAGGACUUCUUUGAAGGAUACAGUAAAGGAAGAAGGUACGGUAACUUCUGGCCUGAGAUGCUGAAGCUGAAAGAUUGGCCUCCUUCGGAUAAGUUUGAAAACCUUUUGCCUCGUCACUGCGAUGAGUUUAUCUCGGCGUUACCGUUCCAAGAAUACAGCGAUCCUAGAUCAGGGAUUCUCAACAUUGCUGCCAAGCUUCCUGAUGGAGUUCUUAAACCAGAUCUUGGUCCGAAAACUUACAUUGCUUACGGAGUUGCAGAUGAGCUUGGGAGAGGCGAUUCUGUGACUAAGCUUCACUGUGAUAUGUCUGAUGCAGUUAAUAUUCUGAUGCAUACGGCUGAAGUAACGAUAACUGAGGAGCAAAUGACUGCAAUGGAAGCUCUGAAACAGAAACACAAGCAACAGAAUGAGAAAGAGCUUCAUGAGCAAAAUGGUUUUGACAAGGAAGAGAUUGUGAGUGAUGAAAAUGGGGUUCAUGAUGAGACAGGAAGUGCGCUUUGGGACAUAUUUAGAAGAGAAGAUGUUCCAAAGCUUGAAGAGUAUCUGAGAAAGCAUUGCAAAGAAUUCAGACAUACUUUUUGCUCUCCUGUUACAAAGAUUUAUCAUCCGAUACAUGAUCAAUCCUGUUUCUUAACCGUGGAGCACAAAAGAAGACUCAAAGCGGAAUAUGGGAUUGAGCCAUGGACAUUUAUGCAAAAGCUAGGAGAAGCGGUUUUUAUUCCUGCGGGCUGUCCUCAUCAAGUUCGGAAUCUCAAGUCUUGCACAAAGGUAGCUGUUGAUUUUGUAUCACCAGAGAACAUACAUGAGUGUCUCCGUUUGACUGAAGAGUUUCGACAACUUCCUAAGAACCAUAAAGCCAGAGAAGACAAACUUGAGAUAAAGAAGAUGGUGAUCUAUGCUGUCGAAGAAGCUCUGAAAGAACUGGAGACGUUAUUGCCAGAUUUAAGCUAA